CUCUUUUUGGAUUGUGAGUUUGACUUUAACCGAGUCACGCGGUGGUUGGUUUAGAGCGGCCUCUGCGCUGCUAGGAGGAGAUCGGGAAGGCGAGGUUCAGUAGAGAGCCGGAGAGACACGGAGGAGAACUGAAGAAUGGCUCGCUACAACAUCCGCGACUGCUGGAUGGUGGAGGAGCUAAGGAACGAGAGAGAGGCCAGCCAGCUCGACAUCGAGGAGAUCACCAAUUUCAUCAGCGGGAACGAGGCUCUCACCGCCCGCCGCAGGGAAAUCUAUGAAAGGGUUCUGGGUGAUCCGGAGUUUGCCCGAGACGACAGGUAUUUCCACAGCAGAGAGGAGGCUUUUGACGAGGCAGCCCGUAAGGCAGUCCACAAGAUCAAGCUGCUGAAGGAGAUGGACAUCGCCUCGCAGGCUGACAAGUACUACUUCAGAGGAGCUAUAGAUGAAGAGCUCCCAACACAUCUGAACGAGACUAUGUUUAUCCCUACCAUUGAGUCUCAGGGUACGGAGGAGCAGAAGAAGAAAUGGCUGGAGCCAGCCAGAGAAUACAGAAUCAUGGGGGCCUAUGCCCAGACUGAGCUAGGCCACGGUACGUAUCUCCGUGGGUUGGAAACCACGGCAACCUACCACCCUGAGACGGAGGAAUUUGUGAUUCAUUCUCCGACUCAGACCUCCAUCAAAUGGUGGCCUGGUGGACUUGGACAUUCAAGUACGCAUGCAGUGGUGCCAGCUCGUCUCGUAACACUCGGAAAAGACUACGGAAUGCAUCUCUUUAUUGUGCAGCUGCGAAGCCUCGAAGACCACACCCCCUUACCAGGUAUAAAUGUAGGGCCAAAAUUUGGAUAUUUUGAGAUGGACAACGGGUAUUUGCAGCUGGAUAAUGUACGAUCCCUCGCGACCACAUGCUCAUGAAAUAUGCCCAGGUAGCUCCUGACGGGACGUAUUCAAAACCUCAGACAGAUAAAAUCACCUAUGGAACAAUGGUUCACGUGCAGACAUGCUUGGUUCUGUUCACGGCUCAUGCUCUAGCAAGGGCCCUAGUAAUCGCAGUGAGAUACAGUGUAGUCAGAAGACAAGGAGAAAUCGAACCUGGAGCCGGGGAGGUACAGGUGAUGGACUAUCAGACGCAGCAGUUUAAGCUCCUCCCACUCCUGGCGUCGGCAUAUGCUCUGUCCUCCACUGGGGUUGCCAUGAUGAUGAUGUUUAUCCAGGUCAGUAAUCUCUCUGUAAACUGUCUGUAAUCUCUCGUGAUGUUUGUCCAGGUCAGGGGUCAAAUCGAGGAAGGAAACCUAGAUUCGUUGCCUGAGCUCCAUGCUACCAGUGCAGGUCUCAAGGCCAUUUCUGCCGAAAUCUCCAACAACGGAAUUGAGGUGUGUCGGAUGGCAUGUGGUGGUCAUGGUUACUCGCAGGCCAGCGGUUUACCAAUACCUAUGAGGGAGAAAACACCGUUCUAUUCCUUCAGACUGCGAGGUUAGCAAACUGUUUAUUAGUACACAGUGCAGAUACCUGAACAAGCUGUAUUCCAGUGGCCAGCCAAUGUCAGCCCUCCCUACCAACGUCUGUUACCUAGCAACAGAUUACCCAGGCCACGCCUCCUGCGGGGUGCGGUCGGUGGACCAACUAUCAGACCCUCAUCUUCAGUUGGAGGCGUUCCGUCAGCGAGCCCGGAGGAUGGUGGGCGUGGCUAGCUCCGCCUACCAACGGGCUCUGGGGCGUGGCCUCACACAGCCUCAGGCAUGGAACUCCACCACAGUGGAUUGGACUGUGGCCGCCAAGGCUCACUGUUACUACGUUGUUCUCAAGUCGUUCAAUGAUGCAAUCGAGGCAAAGGGGCUGUCCCCAGUUAAUGAUGUCAUAAUGAGAAAGCUGUGUUCGCUGUAUGCCAUGUACUGGAUGGUGCAGAGCAGUGGAGAGUUUAUGACUGAUGGCCACAUGACUCCCUACCACAUCUCGCUGGCCCGCUCUCUCCUCUACUCCCUGUUAGCGGAGGUCAGGAAAGAAGCAGUUCCGCUAGUUGAUGCCUUCGACGUCCCUGACGAUAUACUGAACUCCGCCCUCGGUCGCUAUGACGGCGAUGUGUACACUCACCUCUACCAGUGGGCCCAGAGAGCUCCUCGCAACAAGAAGAAGGUCCAUGAUGUGUACCACAAGUACUUCAAGAAACUGCUAAAGCCUAAAGUCCAUGAUGUGUACCACAAGUACUUCAAGAAACUGCUAAAGCCUAAAUUAUGAAAAUCCUUUGCAUUGGACACCCGAGCGCUGCGCACGCAGGAGCUGUGGCUGGCGCAGAUGUCAAGACGACGGGGGCAAGAACUGCACACGGAGACUGCGGCCGGAGGCGCUCCGUCCGUCAUGGUAGUCGUAAGGCAGAGCGAGCCGCUGAAGCUGGAAUCUUGUAGCGACCGCAGUGUCUGCAACGCGGGAGGUGUGGAUGGGCUCGGAGACGGCGAGAACUGGGAAGGACAGGACUUUUUGCAGAACCCCGAGCUGGUGAGCUCCAAAUUUUGCUUCUGCACAGGAAUAAAAAAGAUGUUUGUAAACUUGCAUACAAUCACUGCAGGUGAGCUGCAGUAGCGAGGAAUGUGAUAAAGACAGUGGAUGGCUGGUGGUUCCAGCUAGAGAAGAGACUGGAGCUCUGUCAAGCCAACUGGUUACUGGAUUUCACUUCACCUCAUCUCUGCCGGACUGAACUUUACAUUCACAGAGACUUUGUGUCGUUUGCCUUUGCUUUACCUUGUUGUUCUGACACAUGCAUGCAUGCAGUUGAUUGUUUGCCUUCGCCUUGCUACCUCACUUUGUUGACAAAUGCACAAAAUAUUGUAUCACAUCAUUUAGCUACGAUGUUUGUGUGUGAUUA